CUCGGCCACGGCUAACUUGCAGCACAUUUUUUAUCUCAUUUUCAGAAAAACACCUGUUUUUUGUUGGGAUGACGACGAGUUUUUUUUUAAAUUAAAUACGAAAAGCCUGUUCUGUCGCCGGUCAAUUCCUUUUAACUAUCGGUCUUAUAUCUUUUCACUGUUUUUGACUCUCCUCCUUCAAACCCUGGAAAAAUCUGGAGUGCAUGUUUUUAAAUUGGUUCUGACAUACAAGAGAUAGGAUUUUUUAUUUUGAUAUAAAUUCCCAGAACUGUGAACUGAGGAAUGAGUAAAAAUAGUCUGAUGUUUAUUUUUGGCCCUACAGGGGACGAGACACGGAAUCCUACCUGAUUCAGGUAACCUGAAUACAAAGUCAAAAGUGGCCACCUUCCAUUUCUCACUUGCACUUUGUCCAGAAAGGGUAGCGGUCCUAUUUCCAAGUGACUUUAACAUUGUUUCUCUGCAAAUUCCAACGAUUUAUCAAGAAUCUUUCCGAAAUGGAUGCGGAACCACGAGGUCGACGGAGAGGUCGCAAUUCUCAACCACCCCAGCCACACCUCGCCGUCACUCUACCAGAGAUCCUCCGUGAAAUAAUGUCCUACGUCCCCACCACCGACCUUCUCAACAACGUCACCUACGUUUCCCGUGGGUUGGAGGAAGUCGCUCGAGGAAUCCUACUUUCUCGCCAACUCGUCGAGCUCACCCCGACCAACAUGGCCGACUACCUUGACACUGCCAACGUCCGUUCCAACCACCACAAGCGUGUCGUCCUUUCCAAGUUCAAUUUCCAAAAUAUGCCCCCCGAGGAGUCCACUCUUUUGGAAACUUUCACCUCCUCCGCCGCCGCCUCCAUUACCGAGCUCCACCUGGACUACUUCCCCCACGAAAAGAUUUCCCCCCAAAUCCUCUCCUUACUCACAAACUCCCCAAAGUUAAGAUCUGUCAAUUUCUCUCCAGACGAGUUUCACCUCGAAAUGCUCAAACCUCUCGUCAUGCUCCCAAAAUGGGUCAAGUUUCCAUCCGUCGUAAAACUCGGAUUCCACCUCCCUACCAAUCUGUACCUUCUGAACGGCAUGGCCGUCAACAUAGCUCGUAACAUCAGUCGGGAAACGAUUCAUGGAAUCUUGUCACUGUUUCCGAAGUUGAAAAUAUUCCAGGGUGUAACCUUUCGACAAGAUUUGGUGGAAUAUUUUCUCUCCGGAGAUUUACCCUUCGAGGAAGUCUCCCUCAGAUUGGAUAAUUCAAAUCCAGACCGACCACUGUCAAUCGUACCCGCAUCCCUUUUUUUGACCCGGCUUGAAUUUCAAAUCGAUACUUUUAACCGGUCGACCGAUCACUACGCAAUUCUCGCCGCAUUUGCGGAUAGACUGGAAAAAAUGAAAAUUUCCGAGGUGGAUGUCAUCCCGUCGAAAUUUCGCAAUUUAAUGCAGGCCACGACAAUCACGCUGCCCGAGGUGUUUCCAAAGCUAAAGUGUUUGGAAAUAUGGAUAGGCCAGAAUAAUUUUCGUGAUGUGGCCGGCCCAACAGAUGCAGUAGCCUUGAAUUUAAAGUUUUCCGAGUCAGGGGCAAAUGUGGCCGAUUAUUCGAAGCAAUUUCCUGCCUUGGAGACAUUAGUAGUUUCAAGAUUGGAUUAUUUAGAUACAGAUGAGGAAAAGAAGGAGUGGUUAGAAAUCAGUGCGGGAUUUUUGUACAAAUAUUUCCUGCAUGGGGAAUCCCGCACGAUGAGAGAUAUCCGAGUUGAGCUACCCCCCAAGAAUGUCGAGAGGUUUAAAUUGCUUCGACACUUUAAGGAUAACGCAGUUUUUGAAGUGGUAGAUUCUUGCGAUUUUUUUAGAAAAAUUCUCACCACGUUUCCAAAUUUGAAGCCAAGGUGGGCAAUAUAUGAUCGUUACGAUGUCGAAGGUGGAGCUGGCGCGGGUGGGGGAUUAAAAAAGUUGGAGGGGAAGUCACCCGAAUUUGAGGUAGUGUUUCUGGGUAAAAAAAAGUGCGGGUAAGAAAUGUUUAUUAUAAUUCUUGGAGUUUGUGAAGUGCGAAAAAAAUGUGGAAAAGGUGCUAAAAAAUGAGACUCUUGAGGUUAAAUGUGUGCUAAUACGGGAAUAUACCUACUUAGUUUCAAGUACAGAUAUAUAUUUUUUAAAUUAUACUGACAUCAAUAUUUAUGAAUAAUUACAAUGUAACUUUUUCGAAAAUAAAGAGAGGAAAAUAAUUAAUAAUUA